GACGCGUGAAGUGAGAUGCUGUGUAAGUCUUUUACGCACAGUGAAAACAUAAGAUUUUCGGAACCAGUUUGUGUUCAUGACAAUGUUUCUCGUGUAGUGUGUAAAAUGUUUUUUUAUUUGAAAAAUGGUUCGGUGUUGUGGUUUUGAUGGAACUAUUAGUCUGCAAUGCUUGCUUGGAUUUAUAAAUCAGAAUGGGUGGGUGCUUAGGUACAUCUAGAACAAGGAGUGUUGCUAUAGAUGGUUCACCAGGAGUUUCGAGACCCAAUUCAAUUUCAAUUAUAGGUGGUGCUAGAAAAAAUCACCCUCUGUGUCAUGAAACUAUACGGUGGAAAUCAGAUGUUCCAUUGACUGAAGGUCAGUUACGUAGUAAAAGAGAUGAGUUUUGGGACACUGCCCCUGCAUUUGAUGGCCGUAAGGAAAUUUGGGAUGCCUUACGAGCUGCUGCCGUUGCAGCUGAGACAAUAGACUUUGAAUUAGCUCAGGCUAUUUUGGAUGGUGCCAAUAUUUCAGUGCCUAAUGGGUAUUUAACUGAAUGUUAUGAUGAGUUAGGGACAAGAUAUCAAGUUCCAAUCUACUGUUUGUCAUAUCCAAUAAAUAUUGUUAAAGAAGAUAAUGGCAGAGAUUCCCCAGCUGAUUGUUCAGAACCUGUUGAUGCCGGAAUAGAAAUGACUCUAAAGUUACGUUUAUCAUCUACGUCUCAAGAUAUUAAACUUCAAGUUUAUUCGAAGGAUACAAUUGGACAGUGCAAAAAAAAGUUACAAGUUCAAGAGGGAGUUGAGAGUUUAUGUCAGCGAUGGUUUUUUGGAGGAAAGCUUUUGGGAGACAAACUGACUGUGGAAGAUAGUCGUGUUCAGCCAGGCUAUGUUGUUCAAGUAAUAAUCAAUACAGAAAUGCUACGAAAUCGGCCUAGCUAGCAUUAUACUAAGUUGUCUUUUUUAACUUGUAUGGGCUUUAAACUAAACUUGUGUGUUGAUACUACCAUGCACUUGAGUAAUUUCAGCAUUUAUUUGAACCAUUG